AUGGACCGACAAUCAGUCUACUCACUCAGCGUCCUUGCUCCAGAUCCAGAUGCCAGUGAAGAUUCCAGAAGCCAAACACAAGCCCGUUUGCGCGAGUUCAUCCUAGAGUUCCGGCUCGACAAUGCCUUCAUCUACAGAGAUCAGAUUCGAGAGAAUGUUCUAGUGAAACAAUAUUACUGCGACGUCGAUAUAGCCCACCUCAUAUCUUAUAACGAAGAGCUGGCGCAUAAGCUCACUACACAGCCAGCAGACAUCAUACCAUUAUUCGAAGCCGCUCUCAAGGAAUGCACCCGCCGCAUCGUCUUCCCCUCACAAAAAGCCAGCGACCUUUCCAUACCCGAGCACCAGCUUCUCCUACACUCCUCCGUUUCCCAGAUUUCCAUCCGCGAUCUGGACGCGACCAACAUAUCUCACCUUGUCCGCAUACCUGGAAUAGUCAUUGGUGCCUCCACACUCUCCUCCAAAGCCACAGCACUCUACAUACAAUGCCGAAACUGCCAGCACUCGGAAACGUUGCCCGUAAGUGGUGGGAUAUCGGGCAUCACACUCCCGCGCGUAUGCUCCAGCAAGAGGACGCCUGGAGAUCCAACAGACAAAUGCCCUCUAGAUCCUUACUUCGUGGUACAUGAGAAAUGUCAAUUCAUCGACCAGCAGAUACUGAAGCUACAAGAAGCGCCGGAUCAAGUACCUGUGGGAGAACUUCCAAGACACAUCAAGAUCUCUGCCGAUCGAUAUCUAACUAACCGCGUGGUACCUGGCUCAAGGUGCACCCUCAUGGGGGUCUUCUCUAUCUACCAAAACAAGGAAUCGAAAGGAUCAGGAAACUCCGCGGUAGCCAUCCGAACACCGUAUCUACGAGCGGUAGGCAUCACAACAGACGUCGAUCACACGACCAAAGGCAGCGCAAUAUUCUCUGAAGAGGAAGAGCAAGAGUUCCUCGAGAUGAGUAGACGACCUGACCUCUACGAAAGAUUCGCCGAGUGCAUUGCACCCUCAAUCUACGGCAACAAGGAUAUCAAGAAAGCUAUCGCCUGCUUACUCCUGGGGGGAUCCAAGAAGAUUCUGCCAGACGGUAUGAAACUUAGAGGUGAUAUCAACGUCCUGCUACUUGGUGAUCCUGGAACAGCGAAAUCUCAACUUUUGAAGUUCGUCGAGAAAGUCGCACCAAUCGCCAUCUACACAUCUGGCAAAGGGUCCUCAGCAGCUGGUCUGACAGCAUCGGUGCAACGGGAUACCAAUACCCGCGAGUUCUACCUUGAAGGAGGAGCUAUGGUGCUUGCCGACGGCGGUGUGGUCUGCAUUGACGAGUUCGACAAAAUGCGCGAUGAAGAUCGUGUAGCCAUCCACGAAGCUAUGGAACAGCAGACCAUCUCUAUCGCCAAAGCUGGUAUCACGACCAUCCUGAAUGCCAGAACAUCGGUGCUUGCGGCCGCUAAUCCAAUUUUUGGGCGAUACGACGAUCUAAAGACGCCGGGCGAGAACAUCGAUUUCCAAACCACUAUCUUAUCUCGCUUCGACAUGAUCUUCAUCGUGCGCGAUGAGCAUGAGAAGGGACGCGAUGAGCGGAUAGCGCGACAUGUGAUGGGCAUCCAGAUGGGCGGACGAGGAAUGGAAGAGCAAGCAGAAGCUGAGAUAUCGGUUGAAAAAAUGAAGCGGUAUAUCAGUUAUUGUAAAUCACGCUGCGCGCCUCGCCUCUCCCCUGAAGCCGGCGAAAAGCUCUCUUCCCAUUUCGUCUCCAUACGCCGACAAGUCCAUUCCGCCGAGAUCUCUGCCAACGCCCGCUCCAGUAUUCCAAUCACGGUCCGCCAACUCGAAGCCAUCAUCCGUAUCACAGAAUCCCUUGCCAAACUCUCACUCUCGCCCAUCGCCCUCGAAUCUCACGUCGAUGAAGCCAUUCGCCUGUUCUUAGCUUCAACGAUGGACGCAGUGACGCAAGGAGAAGGGCAGGGGAGUAGAGAGGUGAUGGAGGAGGCGGGCAAGGUCGAAGAAGAGUUGAGGCGGAGAUUGCCCGUAGGUUGGAGCACGAGUCUGGCGACGUUGAGGAGGGAGCUGGUGGAGGGCAGGGGAUGGAGCGAGCAAGCUUUGAACAGGGCGUUAGUGGUGCUGCAGAGAAGGGAGACGGUGCAGAUUCGGAACGGAGGGAGUCAAGUAUAUAGGAGUGGGGCUUAG